CAGCCUGCGCUCCUUGCUUCUGCUCCCCCUUGCUUGCUACAAACCAGCCCUACACUCCUAUACCCCCCCUACUCUCCUCUGCACCCCCUUCUUCUGCAGUCGACUCCGCCCCCCUCUUCUGCAACCCGUUGUGCCCUUACUACAAAAAUCAGAUCCUGCACCCCCUUGCUUCUGCUCCCCCUUGCUUGCUACGAACCAGCCCUACGCUCCUACGGCCCUUGCACUCUGCGCCCCUUGCACUGUUAUUGCACCCCCUGUAUUGUUGUGCCCCCCACCCUCUGCGCCCCCAAUCCUGUGCCUCUACACUUUUGCUUGCUACAGCCCUGUCCUUGCCUCACCUGCAGAAGAACAACACAUACUAGACAAAUCGGCAUCCUCUUCGUCCUUUGCUUUUGUUGCAGAAAUCAGUGCUUGUUGGAGGAUGUUUCUAUUUUAUUAUUUGGGUAUAUAUAUAGGGUAAAAUCAUAUUAAUGGGGGGUUUUUUGUUUGAGUUGGGUAUUGAGAAUGGCGACAGAAAGAAGGGAGUUCUGCUUGAGGGAAGUAGCGGUUUGGGAGGAGAUCGCCAAGCUUAGUGAUUGUUGUGAGAUGGUUUCUGGGUCUAUCUUUAUAGGCAAUCUUCGAAACAGAUGGUCCUUUUAGGGAAAUGGUGAAGGGAAUGGUGGGAGCUUGAUCCCGUGGGUGCGAUUCCUCCCAUCAAACCCAAAUCUAUUCUUCCUUUUAGGAUCUGCCAUGUUUGUUUGUUUUCUUUUCUAUUGAUGUUUUUUUUUUAGAUAUGAUGUUAAACUCAUGUAUGUUGCUGAAAAAUUAAUGAAGAUGUCAAAAAAAA